AUGGCUCAAGACUCGUUCCUUCAUCUUGCCCGCCCUCUGGGCCCCGUUCAAAUCGGCACCCAGCCCUCGACCGCUCCUCUGAACGUCAGCAUCCAGCCCCAGGCCAUUUUCGCAAUCCUCGACCACUCGCUUCGCAGACCCCAGGACCAGGAGCGCGUUAUCGGUACCCUCCUCGGUGUCCGCUCUGAAGAUGGAACAGAAGUCGAGAUCCGCAACUGCUACGCCGUUCCCCACACCGAGACCCAGGAACAGGUCGAGGUCGACAUGGACUACCAGAAGCAGAUGCUGCAGCUACACCUCCGCGCAAACCCCAAGGAGGUCCUUCUCGGCUGGUACGCCACCUCCUCCGACCUCAACACCUUCUCCGCUCUCAUCCAGAACUUCUACGGCCAGCAAGGCGACGGCACCUGGCCCCACCCCGCCAUUCACUUGACCGUCUCCACCGUGCCUGGAAAGGACAUUGAGGCCAAGACAUACAUUUCCGCCCCUGUCGGUGUCACCGCUGAGCGCGCUGCCGACAGCUGCCUGUUCAUUCCCGUUCCUCACGAGAUCAAGUAUGGCGAGGCUGAGCGCAACGGUCUCGAGCUGGUUUCGGGAGCCAAGGACAGAGAGGACCGUUCGCAGAUGCUGCAGACCGACAUUGAGUCGCUGGAGCGCGCCAUCGAGCAGGUUCUUGAGAUGAUUGAGCGUGUCUCCAACUACGUGAGCAACGUUCUGGACGAGGAGGCCGAGCCCAGCUCUGCUCUGGGUCAAUUCCUCAUGAACACUCUGUCUCUGGCUCCCAAGGUCGAUCCUCAAGACAUUGAGCGCGACUUCAACAACCACAUCCAAGAUGUUCUCCUCGUCUCUUACCUCGCCAACACCAUCCGCACCCAAAUCGAUCUCUCAAACCGCCUCGCAACCGCUGCUCUCACCAUGGGCACCGAGGCCAGCACCACUCAGGAGUCCGACAAAAAGGGCAACCAGAACCAAAAACGCGGCAACAACCAGGACCGCCGCCAACAGAACCGCACCACCACCGAGGCCUAA